GAGAUGAGCAACCCCCCCUGGAAUGCUGACCCCUGUGCAGUGGACUAGUGGGGGAGGGACGGCUGAACCAAUCACAGAAAGACUGCUGCAGCUUUCCCUCCAAAAGGAACCAAUCAGAUGUUGUUGCUUGGAUUCCUUUGUCUGGAAGUUUCCAUGUGGAAGCUUCCAGAGUCUUUUCUGUUUGUCUGCAGGCUGAGCAGAACUGACUCCUGUAGGAUCACAGGAACUUUCAGGGAAAUCUCAAAGCAGGAGAAAAGUUUCUGUUUGGAGCUUUUUUCUGUGAUUGUGAGACUAGCAGAUGAUCGGAGCUGCUGCUGUUCAGAGGACUUUGGUGUUUGUUGGAGCUGAAGAUCUUCUGCAGCUGCAGGAACCAUGUCUUCAGAACCUCAGGAAGAUUCUGUCAGAGAACAGCUUUCUGCUGCUGAAGAAACCUUCAGACUCUGUGAAGGAACCAUCGUCCAGAAUGAGAAUGAGGAGCUCUGUGGUCAGCGCAGACUGCUGGAUAUCACCUGGAACCCGCAGCUUCAGCUCCACGUUGCAGUCAUCCCCCAGCAUUAUGUGAGUGAAGAGGACAAUCUUUACAACCAGCAGAUGAAUUUAACAGUGGAAAAGGAGGAACCAGAACCUCUACAGAUUAAAGAGGAACAAAAAGAACCAGAACCUCUACAGAUUAAAGAAGAACAAGAAGAACCAGAACCUCCACAGAUUAAAGAGGAACAAGAGGAACCAGUACUUCUACAGAUUAGAGAGGAACAGGAGGAACCAGAACCUCUACAAAUUAAAGAGGAACAAGAGGAACCAGUACUUCUACAGAUUAAAGAGGAACAGAAGGGACCAGAACCUCCACAGAUUAAAGAAGAACAGAAGGGACCAGAACCUCUACAGAUUAAAGAGGAACAAGAGGAACCAGUACUUCUACAGAUUAAAAAGGAACAGAAGGGACCAGAACCUCCACAGAUUAAAGAAGAACAGAAGGAACCAGAACCUCUACAGAUCAAAGAGGAACAGAAGGAACCAGAACCUCUACAGAUUAAAGAGGAACAAGAGGAACCAGUACUUCUACAGAUCAAAGAGGAACAGGAGGAACCAGAACUCAUACAGAUUGAUGAGAAACAGGAGGAGCCAAAACCUCUGCAGAUUAAAGAUGAACAGAAGGAAAAAGAGCUCACACAGAUUAAAGAAACACAGGAAGAACCACAGCAGUUAAGAUACUAUAUAACUCACCCAGAACAAAACCCUUUUUCUUAUAAAGAAUGUGAGAAAAGUUUUAAACGUGUAUCUAAUCUCAAAAUAAACCUGAGAACUCAUGCAGGAGAGAGGCAUUUUUCAUGUAAAGAAUGUGAAACAAGUAUUAGUCAUAAACAUACUCUCAAAACACACACAAGAACUCACAAAAGAAAAAAGUCUUUUCCAUGUACGGACUGUGAUACAAGUUUUAAAUAUAAAUCUAAUCUCAAAAGGCACAUGAAAACUCACACUGGAGAGAAGCCUUUUUUGUGUGAAGAAUGUGAUAAAAGUUUUACUCAUAAAUAUACUCUCAAAGCGCACAAAGUAGUUCACACAGGAGAAAAGCCUUUUUCAUGCAAAGACUGUGACACAAGUUUUACUCGACUGUAUGGCCUCCGAAGACAUGUGAAGACUCACACAGGUGAAAAGCCUUUUACAUGUAAAGAGUGCAAUACAAGUUUUAGUGAUAAAUCUAAUCUUAAAUCGCACAUGAGAACUCACACAAAGGAGAAGCCUUUCUUGUGUAAAGAAUGUGACAAAAGUUUUAGCCAUAAAUCUGCUCUCAAAACACACAUGAAAACUCACACAGGAGAAAAGCCUUUUUUGUGUAAAGAAUGUGAUACGGGUUUUAAACAUAAAUUAACUCUCAAAAGGCACAUGAGAAUUCACACUGGAGAAAAGCCUUUUUUGUGUAAAAAAUGCGAUUACCGUUUUACUCAAAAAUCUACUCUCAAAAGACACAUGAGAACUCACACAGGAGAAAAGCCCUUUUUGUGCCAGGAAUGUGAUAGGAGUUUUAGUCAAAAAUUUACUCUUAAAAUACACAUGAGAACUCAUAAAGUUAGAAAAAAUUCUACAUUUUUUAGAAAAUGAAAUGAUUAAGAAUUCAUUUAAAAUAAAUAUCAUAUAUAUAAAUCCACAGGGCCCACACUAAUCUGGUAAUUAACACCAAACAAUUGCCAAGACCUUACUGAGUCUUUAAAUGCUCUUUCAGUCUCAGUCAGUAAAUUAAAAUUCAGAUUCCAAAGAUUAAGAUUCCAAAUCACUUUUACAGGAAAGAACAGUUUUCUGAAAUCUGACAUGCGCUGAAAACAUCCUUUUUGAAUUAUUUUAAUAUGAUAUUCUAAUUUUCCAAGACAAUAUUUUUAGGUGUUUAUCAUCUAUAAGCCACUAUGAUCACAUUGCUCAAAACAAAGGAUUGAUGGAUUUAAUUUUGUAAUGAUUCUAUAAUCAUGAGUUUCAUUUAUUGAAUUAUUUGACAAAAAUGUUUAACUUGUUGUUGAAGUUGAUUUGUUAACAUUUACAUCUAUAGCUUCCUGUUAGCAUUACUGUUUUUAUUAUGAGUUUUCAUUUUGUGUUUGUUUUAGCCAUUCAUCUAAUCUAAUGAAUUUAUUAUAUGAACAUUUUUGAUGAAGUUCA